AUGCAGUUCUCUACCCUCCUGGCUCUCCUCUCCGCCGUCGCUCCCUUCGCGGCUGCCGACUGCUGCAGUGCAGUUGGUUACUCUGGCGCCCUUGCUAGCAAUGGUCAGCCUUGCGCGGACGGCACCAAGGGAACCCCGUGCUGCGGCUACGGCUCAUGCAACGCCUUCUGCUGCGCCUGCAAUGGCGGUUGCCGCACGGCCUCCGCCAAGCGCGACUCCGGAAUGCUCAAAGUCGUCGUUCGCGACCAAUCCAACGACGCGGAGGAUGUCGAGGCGUUCAAUGCGGCUACGGCUGGCGGCACUGAGCCUCUGACCGUGCAGAGGUACACUUCGUACAUGAACGCCUCCGCCGACGACCAGACCUACGUCGAUUGGUUCAACAAGCAUGACAAGAACGGCGAUGGAGUUCUCAGCCUCGAUGAGGUCCGCCUCGACUGA